UUUAUACUUAAAUAAUGUUAGAUUCAAACUCUUUUGUUUGCUUUGUAAUAUUUUAGUUCAAAAUAUUUUUUUUUUUAAGUUUGUUUAAGAUUUAAAGCUAUUUUCAAAUUUUUUUUUUUAAAAUGUACAUAUUUUAAAAAUAUGAAAAUGAUUCAUAUAAUAAACUUUUGAUGAAGUCUACUUAAAAGUUAAGGCAUAAAUGUGGUUUCUAAAAAUGAAGUAUAUUAAACCAUAAAUUUUAAGCAGGCUUCAAAUGAAAUUUACAAAAUGUGAUUUUAAAUCUUAUAUCUUUUUUAUAAUUUUAAUAUUUUAUUAACAUAAAUUUAUUGUUUUUCAGAUCUUAUUUGUUGACAUCAUUAGAAGACUUCAUUAGUAGACUUCACUUGAGCCAUCAAGAUUAUGAAUAAUCAAAUAAAAUCUAGAAGAGUUUUAUAAAAUUCUUUGUAAUAAAUUAUCAUCAUAAAGUAUUUGUUUGUAAAUUAAUAUUUUGAUGCAUAAUCCUUAAACAUAAUAUUCAUUUUAGUUGUGUUUCAAUUGUAUGAUAUUAUCAUUUUUUGUUAGCUAUCAAAAUUAUCACAACAUACUUUAAUCAACCAAAAUAUUGAAUCCACCAUGAUUGUAAUACACAAAUAUAUCAAACUCACUUAUAUGUGUGUGUAUGUGUAUGUGAAGAUAUGAUGAAAGUGAAACAAAAAUAAAAUUAGAAAUAUUUAAUAUUCCAUAACUUUAAAUAAAAACAUAAUAAUUGAAAAUAAUUACCAAAUCAAAAAUAUUUGGGACUACUAUUGUUUUUGCCAAUUGACCAAUGUUAAUAUAUAAACCAAUUAAGUAUUAAGGCACAAAAUAUAAAACAUGGCAUAUUAAUACCAAAUCAGUAUUCAUGAAUAGUGAAUGUGGAAUAAUAUAUAUGAAAAGAAAUAAUAUGAAUGACCAAAAUUGUUUUUUUUUCAAGUUAUUUCUAUAAAUUUUAUAAUAACAUAUAGAAAAUAUGUAUAAUGGAAACAAAAUAAAUGCAAACAAAAAGUAUAAUGAUUUUGGUUUCCAAACAGACAAUUAAAAGUUUGGAAUUAAUCAUGAAAUGUCAUUUAUGUAAACGCUAAGAAUCAAAAUCAAUCAAAUUAUGCUUUGAAUUUGGCCGAACCGGGUUUGGUGACUAACCCAAGUAGCCGGUUUUGCCUUUUCGAGGGUUUUGGCAGUUUAAUUCAAAUCCGAGUUUUAGUUCAAUCCAGACUUGAUUUGAUAAACGGUUCAUGGUUGAACCAGUCUGUCCGGUUUUCAAAACAUUCGUAGAUGCACUUUUCAAAAAAAAAAUUAAACAAUAAUGACAUUUAAAAAAUAUAUAUUUAAAAUUAAUGAUUAUAUUGAAAAUAAAUAGCAAAAUAUAGUUGACGAUAACUUUAAAUUUCAGGUCAUUUUAGAAAACUCUCUGCUUUUAAACUACAAUAAAUUAGAGCAUGAUUAAUGGAAGGUUCUUAAAGUGGAGUUCUUAACGGAAUAUAUUUAAAAGCCGGUUAUAAGUUUUUUUAGUUAAAAGGUAAGAGACAGUUUCUUAUAUUCUGUUAAGAACUUCACUCUAAGAACCCACCGUUAAUCAAAUGAAAUUUAGUUUCCACAUGAAAGAAUGCUUAUUCAAUGGAUUUCGAUUAUUUUAUAGUAGACCACACAAUACGUCUCAGAUCUAACUGAUAGUAGUCUCUUCUCAUUUACACUAAGAUACUGUCCACACAAGAAAAACAGUGUAGCUUCGUAUAUACUAUAUAGUACAGAGAAGCUCCUUCAAUAUCCCUUAACGCUAAACGUGCUACAUGAUACAUUGAUUCAGGUCGUUUUAAUGCAAAGGAUCGUCAACUUUUUUCUCAUAUUCUUUUUGAUUUGUAAUUCUCCGGUUUUAUGUUUCUAUGUAAACAAAUUAGAAACUAGAAAGAACUGAUAAUGUGUAUUUUCCAUUUACAAUCUCCAAUAUGGCGAUCAUAUCCUUCUUGUCAUUACACUUGUCACGACAGGAAGAAGUGGGGCAUACCAAUUUUUCAAGAUCUACUCCAACUUGAAAAUAUCUCUUACAUGGUAGGUUUAAGAAGUGGUUUGAGUAGUUUUCACAUGUUUUCCAUCUUUUUAUUUUUAUUUUCUUUGAAUAAUGCCCUUAGACCAACUCCAUCAACGGGUUCUAAUAGGGUUCUAUACCCAAAACUCAAAAAAAAUUAAAUCAAAAAGGCCCAAAAUUAGUAGAACCGGUGCUAUAUUUGGGCUUUGUAGAAGUGGUUAGAGUCGCAUACGUGGCAGUCCCUUAUUGGACCGAGCAUGUAUUGUCUCUUUCUCUCCUGUGUUGGGGUUGCGAUGAAACCGAAGAAUUUUCUUCUCUCUCGGUGUCUCCGUCGUCGCUCUCACGCGAUCUUCUCUCUCGCCCACUCCGUCGUCUCUGUCGGCUCUCUCUGGCCUCGCCGUCUCUCUCCGUCCGUCGUCUCUCUCCGUCCGUCGUCUCUCUCUGUCCGUCGUCUCUCUCCGUCUGUCGUCUCUCUCCGUCCAUCGUCGCUCUCGCGCCGUCGUCUCUGUCGAUCCAUCUUCUCUGUCUAUCCAUCUUCUCCGUCGUCACUCUCGCUCCGUCGUCGAUGUCGGUCCAUCUUCUCCGUCGUCUCUCUCGGUCCGGCGUCUCUCUCGAUGCAUGCGUCGUCUGUCUCCCUCUGUCUUCUCUCUCGAUUCCGAGUGUAAGUUUUUCUUUUUGUUCAUAAAAAUUCUAUUUUGCAUUAUCGGUUUUUGUGAAAUUGUUGUGAUCUCAUCGUUUUGUCGAGAAAGGUGGAAUCGUUUUGAGAUGUGUUUGACAAUCUUAGAUGAGGUUCAUGUUUUAGAAUCUUGUUUGUGUUCGAUCCUUGUUUAUGUUGUUGAGAUUAAUGAAUGUGAAUCUUGUUUGUGUUCGAUCCAUGUUUUAGAAUCUUGUUUGCUUCUGUUUUCUCAAUAUUGAUUCAUGAUUUAUAGAUAUUGCGUCUGUUUUCUUACACAUUUUACUUUGUUCUGUCUUUGUUGGUUGUGUAAGGAUUGGUGUUGUGUGGAAGAGGCAAUGGAACCCACACGAGUCUCUAAGAGACGGAUUCAACUUCAUCAAAGCAAGAGGUUAGUACACUUUUCUUUUAAGUAGAUGUUAGAUAUAUAUUAGGUAGAAUUAAAUGGAGUUCAGUGUAUGCUGGUAUCUGGUAGUUGCGUGUUUAGAUAUUGACUAGCAUGAAGUGAUUUACAUUUAGUUUUGUUGGUUGAAUUUCAAUGCAAUGCUUUGUUAGAUAGGUUUAUCAAUUAAAUGGACUUUAGUCUGAUGGUAUUUGUUAGUUGCGUUGAUGUUAUUAAUGCAAUGCUCUGUUUGGUGGUUGUGCCAUUAAAAUCUCUUAACUUAAACUUCCCUUUAAAAUCUAUCUAACUUGUUUCAACAAGUUAAUGCGUAUCUCCUUCUUCGUAUCUCCUUAAUUCCUUCUUCGUAUCUCCUUCUUUUUUGUAUCUUCUCCUUCUUCUUCGCCAUGGAUCCUUUUAGCACACCUUGUAGCUUUCAAAACCUCUUAAACAGACAACAACCAAACACCUCCUUCUCCUUUGUCACUCCUAGUAUAGAGCUUCCAUCGGAUGCCUCUGUGUUUGGUACACAGUGGGCUGAAGAUGCAAACGAAGAAGAACACAUUGUCUCUCACCGUAAAGAAAGAAGGAAGUGGUCACCAACUGAAGAUCUCGUGCUCAUCAGUGCUUGGCUGAAUACCUCCAAGGAUCCUGUCGUGGGGAAUGAGCAGAAGGCAAUAGCUUUUUGGAAACGGAUUGCGGCCUAUGUUGCAUCUAGUCCAAAGCUUUCUGCUUUGCAGAAGAGAGAGCCAGCUAACUGUAAGCAAAGGUGGGGGAAGAUCAACGACGGUCUAUGUAAGUUUAUUGGGUGUUAUGAAGCUGCAACAAAAGCUAGAUCCAAUGGGAUGAAUGAGGAUGAUGUUUUGAAGAUGGCGCAUGAGAUAUUCUUCAAUGACUACAAGGUCAAGUUUACGCUCGAGCAUGCGUGGUUGGAGCUUCGCCAUGAUCAGAAAUGGUGUGGAGCUUCAUGUACUAAAGACAAAGUGGUCUCAAAAAGAAGGAACCUAGAUGACCAAUCUGCCCAAUCAUCAACCUCUGUGGCAGGAGAGGAUGAUCAAGGCUCACGGCCUGUUGGUGUUAAAGCAGCGAAGGCAAAAGCUAAAAGGUCUGUGAGGAAGGUGACGUUGGAAGAGGAAGGAAGGGAGUUUAAGAGCAUUUGGGAGAUUAAGCAGAAGGACUUUGAGUUCAAGGACAAGUUGAACAAGCAGAAAUUGCUUGACAGCCUCAUUGCUAAGAAAGAGCCAUUAGAUGAACUAGAACUUGCUUUGAAAAACAAGCUUAUUAAUGACAUGUUGGCUUAGUUUCAGUGUCUAGCUAUGCGUCUCUAGAUUCAGUGUCUGAUUAUGCCUCUCUUUACGCUUUUGGUUUGUGUCUGCGUCUGUAACUUUGUGGUCUUCGUGUUCAAUCAUAAUAUCAUCACUUUGUGUUCAAUCUUUAA